CCUUUUGGGUUAUUACAUUUUAUAUGUACUUAAUUCUCCUCCAUCUCAAGAGAGUUCCACAAUUUGACCACAUGAUAUCAGAAUGGCAGACGAAAUUGAAGGUGCAAAUGUUUUGGCUCAAGCACUAAAGGCACAGGAAGUAGAGUACAUGUUUGGAAUUGUUGGCAUUCCUGUGAUAGAAGUGGCAUAUGCUGCACAAGCCCAUGGAAUCAAAUACAUUGGGAUGCGCAAUGAACAGGCAGCCUCCUAUGCUGCCUCAGCAAUUGGCUACAUGACCGGGAGGCCUGCCGUGUGCCUCGUUGUGUCUGGUCCAGGCCUGAUUCAUGCCUUGGCAGGCAUGGCUAAUGCUCAAGUCAACUGUUGGCCACUGAUUGUUAUAGGGGGCAGCAGUGAGCAGCACCAGGAGGGAAUGGGAGCUUUCCAGGAAUAUCCUCAGGUUGAACUGUGCCGACCCUAUUGUAAGUACAGUGCCCGUCCCAGUAAAGUCGAGAGGAUUCCCUUCUAUAUUGAAAAGGCAGUACGGCACAGUAUUUAUGGAAGACCUGGGGUGUCAUACAUAGACUUGGCUGGAGAUAUGGUCACACAAAAAGUGAAUGUAGCAAAUCUCAGUCCCAAUGUCAAAUGCCUUGAUCCUCCCAAAACACUGGCAGACCCAGACAAGAUAAAGGAGGCCAUUGACCUCAUUCACUACGCAGAGAAACCUCUAGUCAUUGUUGGAAAAGGUGCUGCCUAUGCUAAGGCAGAGAAUUCUGUCAAGAGGUUUAUAGAGUCCACACGUUUUCCAUUCCUGCCGACUCCUAUGGGGAAAGGUGUCCUACCUGAUGACCACAACCUGUGUGUUUCUCCAGCCAGAUCAAAAGCUUUACAAGAAGCAGAUGUCAUUCUUCUUCUGGGAGCAAGGUUAAACUGGAUUCUCCAUUUUGGCCUGCCUCCAAGAUUUAAUCCAAAGGUCAAGGUCAUACAGGUUGACAUUUGUGUGGAGGAGAUGAACAACAACGUGCAGAAUGCUGUUUCCCUUGUGGGUGAUAUGGAUGCUGUGAUGACACAGAUGAAUGACCAACUGGACAAGAUUCCCGGUCAUUUCCAGUUCAAUCCCAAGUCGCCUUGGUGGAGGACACUCAACAACAAGGUCCAGCAGAACCAAAAAGCCGUCCAGGCCAUGAUGGACGAUAAGAGUGAACCAUUAAACUACUACGCAGCCUACAGCGAGAUACAAAAGUUUCUCCCCAAGGACUGCAUAAUAGUCAGUGAAGGAGCCAACACAAUGGACAUCAGCAGAACCAUGGUUCCCAAUUACCUCCCACGACACAGGUUGGAUGCUGGUAGCUUUGGGACUAUGGGAGUGGGAUUGGGAUUUGCCGUGGCAGCUGGGAUCUGGUGUAAGGACCACGCCCCCGGGAAGAGAGUGAUAUCCAUCCAAGGAGACAGUGCUUUUGGGUUUUCUGGGAUGGAAAUUGAAACAAUAUGCAGAUACAAGCUACCUGUGACUUUGAUGAUCAUAAACAAUGGAGGAAUUUAUGCGGGGGUUCCUGAAGAUGUGUGGAAAUCUCUGCAGGCUGAAGACCUUACACUUAUGUCACCCCCUACAGCCCUGAUGGCCGCUGCCAGGUACGAGAAGAUGAUCGAGGCUUUUGGGGGACGAGGAUUUUGUGCCAGAAAAUGUGAAGAGAUCAACAAGUAUCUGACGGAGAUCACAAAGGAUGAGGAGAGGGUGGCACUCCUCAACAUCCUGAUUAGUCCCAUGUCGUCCAGGAAAACACAGGAUUUUGAUUGGUUAACCAAGUCCAAAAUUAGGAGCCAAAUAGGGCCAAUUAAACACUUACCAGGUUCUAUUUAUGUUGUUGGUUUUUUUUUUUUUACAGAAACUUGGCGAUUAUGGAUACUGUAUCUGGUUAUGCUAACAAGGAACGCCAGAAACUUUAUAACCAGGUUUUACCACUGCGUUCAAACAGUGUUCACUCGAUACAUAGGUGUGACCCCGGCAAUGGCCGAGUCUCAGACUCCUGACACAGGGAGGGAGAGUCCCAAACCAGAGGAGGGAGAGGAAAAGAGACCACAGUUUGGGGGACGGUUCCUGACAAAUCCAGAGGAUGUGUUCCAGCACAACGCAUGGGAUAAUGUAGAGUGGGAUGAGGAACAAGAGAUGACUGCCAGAAAGAAAACACAAGAGCAGCUGAAUUCAGCACUGUCCACUGAAAAACAAGAGGAGUAUGAGGAAUUAGCUGAUGAAUAUUGGAACAAGUUUUACCAGAUUCACCAGAACCGGUUCUUUAAAGACAGACACUGGCUCUUUACUGAAUUCCCUGAACUUGGUCCUGAUGGAAAGCCAAAUGAAGAUGUAAAGAGUGUGGUAGAUAGCCCAGCAUUUCCAGGACAGGGAGCCAAAAGGAGGAUCUUAGAGGUGGGCUGUGGGGUUGGCAAUACAGUUUUUCCAAUUCUGCAGACAAACAAUGAUCCAGAGCUAAUGGUGUACUGCUGUGAUUUUUCCUCCACUGCAGUUCAACUUGUAAAGGAGCACCCAGAUUAUAACCCAGACACCUGCCAUGCCUUUGUGUGUGAUGUCACAGAUGAUAAGGCGGAGAUUCCUGUCCCUGACCAAUCAUUGGAUAUCAUCAUCCUCAUCUUUGUGCUGUCAGCCAUCAGUCCAGAAAAAAUGCAGUAUGUACUGAAUCGCCUGGCACAGCUUCUAAAGCCAGGGGGCAAAAUUCUCUUUAGAGACUACGGAAGAUAUGACUUAGCACAGUUACGAUUUAAAAAAGGUCACUGUUUAUCAGAGAAUUUUUAUGUACGGGGAGAUGGUACCAGAGUUUACUUUUUCACUCAAGAGGAGUUGAGGAAUAUGCUGACAAAAGCCGGGCUAACGGAGGAACAAAAUCACAUAGAUAGACGGUUACAAGUAAACAGGGGCAGACAACUCAAAAUGUAUCGAGUCUGGAUACAGUGUAAAUACAGGAAAUAAACGUUAGAAAAGC